UUCACGUGGACCGGUACCACUUCUACUUCGACAUCACCGCGAUGGAGAAGGGCGAGCAGGUGCUGAAAGCCGAGUUCAGGGUCUUCAAGCUGAAGAGGACACAGGUGUCCCUAUCUGAUGUGAAACACUUUUGCAAAGUGGAAGUGUAUGAACUCUUGGAGAGUGGAAGUAAGCCACAAAAAAAACAUCUCAUUGCAUCAAGAUUAUUGUCCCUGUACACAGAAGGCUGGGAAGUAUUCAACGUCACACAGACAGUUUCCAAGUGGGUUGGAAACAGCAGCUCCAACCAUGGCUUUUUGAUAACUACAACACAUGUAUUCAACAACAGAAUUGAGCACAACCUGGUUAAGUUUGCUAAGAGCCAGCAUGCUUUGCAGGAGAGUAGAAAUGCUCUUCUUGUCCUAUUCACCAACAGUAAUAAGAGGAGAUCUUCCAGCUUUGUACCCUCUUCCACAGAACCAGAGAAGAACCCUGCCAAAACCAACGCUGAAACUCAGCUUAUCAGAAGCAGCAGCGCAGGCGUGAGGAGGAGACCUCGAGCUGCUGCAGGCCCUCCUGCCAAAGGCCAGGUAACAGCAUGUCACCGCAGGGAGCUCUACGUUGACUUUGGUGCUAUUGGCUGGUCAGGAUGGAUUAUUUACCCAAGUGGAUACAAUGCAUUUUAUUGCAGGGGAUCCUGUCUCUUCCCCUUGGGGGAAAGUCUAAAUGCAACCAACCACGCUACAGUUCAGUCCAUAGUCCAUACACUUAAACUGUCUGAAGAUGUCAGCACACCCUGCUGUGUGCCAGAUGAAUUGAAGUCCCUCAAUCUUCUCUACUUUGACGACAAACAGAACGUGGUCCUUAAAAAUUAUAAAGACAUGGUGGCAAAAAGGUGCGGUUGUCAUUAG